GGAAUCUUUAGGACUUUUGGCCACUUUUGUUUUUAACAAAGCGCGCCCGCCCACGACCGCGGAAGAAAGACCUGGGAGACCAGAGCAUCGCAGACUCCACGCCAGUUACGACGAUGCCCGUACAAGCGCCGCAAUGGACGGAGUUUCUGUUGUGUCCCAUCUGCACGCAGACGUUCGAGGAGAACGUGCGCAAGCCCAUCAGCCUGGGCUGCGGCCACACCGUCUGCAAGAUGUGCCUGAACAAGCUGCACCGCAAAGCCUGCCCCUUCGACCAGACCACCAUCAACACCGACAUCGAGCUGCUGCCCGUCAACACGGCCCUCCUGCAGCUCGUCUGCCCUCAGCUACCCAAGUCUCAGCCGGUCACAUUAAUAAAAGGUGCGGAGGAUCUCCAGCAUUAUGAUGAAGCUCGCACGUGUGUGGAGGAGCUGGCUCUUUAUCUCAAACCCCUCAGCAACACCAGAGGAGUCGGACUGGGCACUACAACACAGAGCCUCCUCAGCAGACCCAUGCAGAGGAAGUUAGUGACCCUGGUGCACUGUCAGCUGGUGGAGGAGGAGGGGCGUAUCAGGGCCAUGCGUGCUGCUCGUUCUCUGGGUGAACGCACCGUCACCGAACUCAUCCUGCAACACCAAAACCCCCAGCAGCUCUCCUCCAACCUGUGGGCUGCUGUCCGAGCCCGAGGUUGCCAGUUCCUCGGCCCUGCUAUGCAGGAGGAGGCCCUGAAGCUGGUCCUGCUUGCCCUGGAGGAUGGCUCUGCCCUGUCUCGCAAGGUUCUGGUUUUGUUUGUGGUCCAGAGGCUGGAGCCACGCUUCCCUCAGGCAUCGAAAACCAGUAUAGGACAUGUGGUGCAGCUGCUCUACAGAGCCUCCUGUUUCAAGGUUACAAAGCGAGACGAGGACUCGUCGCUGAUGCAGCUUAAAGAAGAGUUCCGCACGUACGAGGCUCUACGGAGGGAGCACGACUCUCAGAUCGUCCAGAUUGCCAUGGAGGGGGGUCUACGCAUCGCCCCUGACCAGUGGUCCUCCUUGCUUUACGGAGAUCAAUCCCACAAGUCCCACAUGCAGUCCAUCAUAGAUAAGUUGCAGACCCCAGCAUCCUUUGCUCAGAGUGUACAGGAGCUCACCAUCGCUCUGCAGAGAACAGGAGACCCUGCCAACCUCAACCGCCUCCGACCACAUUUAGAACUGCUGGCUGAUGUUGAUCCCAGCCCAGAUGCUCCAGCACCUACAUGGGCGCAGCUGGACAAGGGCCUGGUGGCUGUGAAGACGGUGGUGCACGGCCUCGUGGACUUCAUCCAGAACCACAGCAAGAAGGGAGGAGACCCACAGCAGGCCCCCCAACACAGCAAAUACAAGACCUACAUGUGCAGGGACAUGAAGCAGAAAGGAGGCUGCCCCAGAGGUGCUAGCUGCACCUUUGCUCAUUCUCAGGAGGAGCUGGAGAAGUACCGCAAGAUGAACAAGCGGCUGCCCACGAGGAAGCCCCUGAGCCAGUCCCUCACGCAGCUUAACGAACUGGACUCGGGACUCCCCGAUGACUGUCUGGUCGUGGAGGGCCUGGGCCACAAACCUGCCAUGGUCACCAACGGCAUUCUGUCUGUUCCGCCCGGGUCUGGACUCUCGCAUCUGGUCUCCCGGGGCUCCGACGUCUCCUAUGAGUCAGCUCGCAAGCUGGGAAAGCUGGACUCAGAAAACCUCAGCGGCCCUGAAUCACCACCUGACUCGUUGGAUUCUAUGCCUAAAGUGGGAAUGCCUGUGUUGUCUCACCCUAGAGUGACGAGAGAGAGCCUCACUGGACACAAAAUGUCCGCUGCCUCAAGAGUUUCCCAGAUACCCCCGUACCCCCCACAUCAGCCCGACGCUUAUUACUCUGACUCAAGAGUACCAGCAUCUGCUUCCCAGUACGAAUCACCUCAGUAUCCUGCUGGUAACUCCUACACAUAUCCACACUUGCAACCUCGAUACGCCCGUCCCCAGAUCGACCCGGGACUGGCACCUUACCCAGACCCCUAUCCCGUCUCCUAUGCCUCAGAGCGCUCGUACCCAGCUCCUCCGUCCGACCCUCGCUACGGCUACCCACCAGCCCACGAUGGCCGCAGACACGCGCCGUAUGGAGUCCACCCUCCCAUCCAGUCCUACGCUCGGGAAGAGCUGGGCCACAGGAGUCCCGUACCUAUGGAGAUUCCCCCACCAUCACAGCCCCAAACCUCUGGAGCUGCUUCUUCCUACCUCCCGGAGUCUGCACGAGACAGAUACGGAUCUGAAGGUUACAGCCACCGCGCCCACGGCAGGCCCUACAACAGGAAUGCCUACGCCCGGCCCCAGCCCAGCCUGGACUAUCUGCACCGCCGCAGGAAGGAGAUCAUGGCUCAGCUGGAGGGGCGGAAAGUCGUCUCCCCUCCUCCCUUCGCCUCCUCCCCAAACCUGGCUCAUUCUUAUGAUCCCGGCUACAACCAAGAGGUCAGGGGACAAAACCAUCAGUAUUUGGAAGAGAAUCCCUCAUCGUUUGAGAGCUUCAGGGAACCAGACUACGCUGCUCAGUACUCUCCGUGGUCAUGUGACACGUUCGUCCCCUACAUCGGCACCAAGGAUAUGAAGUCCAAAGAAGGCCUGGGUUCAGGCUACAUGGAGAUGCAAACGGUCGAUAAAGCCUCCGCCAUGGAGCUGCAGCGCCGAACAGCAGACGUCAAAGACGAUGACCCCAUCAUACCAUUUGGCUCCCUGCCCACCGUCUCACGAUUUGGAGCCAUAUCACGCACAUCCAAAUCUGGCUAUCAGCAUGUUGGUCCUGUGCCAGGACCCCCAGCCAAACAUGCUGCCAGUGCAGCUGAUUACAGCUAUGGAAAUCGUGGAGGAUGGAGUGAAGCCUCUUAUGCUCAGCAUCCAGCCAUGCCAUCUCAGGGACAUUUCAGUGAGCGUCUGCCCCCUGCUGCCCAGGAUAGGGAACGACUGAGAAUGGAACUCCAACAGGUCAACCAACAGAUUACCCAGCAGACUCGCUGUAUGGAGAGGGAGUCCGGUUCAACCACCGGUCAGGCUGCUCCAGUGGAGUGGUCAGCAGCUAAUGUUUCCAGCGAGCAGCUGAGCUUGGAGCUACACCAGGUGGAGAGAGAGAUCGGCAUGAGGACACGCGAGAUUCAGGAAGCCGCCGGAAUGAAUUAUAAGCUGGCAAGAGGCAGUGAGAAUGGACAGACUGAGCACAGCCUGCAGCGUGAGGAUCACCACCUAUCCAUAAGUGAGGGCUCAAAUGGUUCGAGCUCUGUGGUGCAGGACUGCGGUCUGGGCAGCACCAGCAUGUCGUCCCUGACCAGCAAGACGUCCUCACUCAGCCUGUCGUCCGAACUGGUGUCCAGCAGCCCAGACCUGAGCAACAACGGAGUGGCUCAUUCCUGUUCUUAACCAGUCUUAUCUCUCUCUCUCUCUCUGCUUAUUUUUUCUUUGUCUCUCUCUCGCUUUCAAACUUCCAUCUUGGUUUCACCGUAAGCGUUCGCAUUGCACCACCCGCCGUCUAACAUGCUCCGCUCUGAUUGGAUUCACGUCU